GGAAUAGAGAAAAUAGGCGAUCGGGCCUUUGCUAAUCUUGUUAAUUUGAAUAAAUUAGGAUUGGAUGGAAACAGGUUUGGCCCAAUUAAAAGAAGUAUGCUGCCAAGACCAGCCAACAAACUAAAGCGACUAGAGCUCGACAACAACGCCCUCAAAAGUGUCCCUGAUGAUUUAUUUCUUGAUAUGCCCGAACUGAAGCUUCUGUCUCUUAAUUACAAUGGAAUUGUUCAUUUACCUGAAAAGGCCUUCAGACCAAUCUGGUCUCAGCUUGAGGUGUUUGAUGCUGUAGGUAAUCCUUUUCAGUGUGAUUCUACAAUGAAAUGGCUGUUCCAUGUAAGGUCUAAAGCUGUCAUUUUUGGCACCUGUGACGGACCUGAAGACAAAAAGUUUAUACAUUUAGAUGAGUUCAUUGCAAACAAAGGAGAGUGAUUAGCAUUCCUCUUCCGAUAAUUCU